AUGAAUGUGAAAAACGUCAGAGAUGAUGAGGUUGACCCCUUUUGGAGAAACCAGCUAGCCGAAAUUUCAAAUAUGAGUGUAGAAGAUUUAAAAACCCAUAAUUUACCCAUUUCUAGAAUUAAAAAAAUUAUGAAGGAAGAUGAUGAAAUAAAAAGUAAUCAGAUGGUGUCAGCAGACACCCCUGUCCUAUUGGCCAAAGCUUGCGAGCUUUUCAUUAUGGAGUUAACUAAUUAUGCGUGGAAGUUCACAGAAGAGAGCAAACGAAGAACACUGCAAAGACAGGACGUGAUUUCCGCUGCUUGCAAAAGAGACAUGUUUGAUUUUUUGAUAGACUUGAUACCGAUAGAGGACCGGAUAAAAUUCAUUAAUUUAAAUGUCAGAGGCAACUCCAAGAGGAACAACAACAGUAGCAGUAUCAGUGGUGACGGUAGCCAGGGUUGCGGCAACCAUGGCGGUGGAAACCUCGGAAGCGGUCACCACGGCAGCGACAAUCACGGAAGCGACAAUCACGGCAGUGAAAAUCGCGGCAGCGACAAUCACGGCAGCGGUAACCACGGCAGAGAUAAUCACGGCAGCGACAAUUACCGGAGCGACAACCACAGAGUCGAUUUCGAUACCGUGAAGCAGUACUACAAUCUAUAUUCGUCGGCCUGCAACGACAGCAGCUCCAUGAACAUACAGGCGCUCAAUGAGGAACUUGCCGAAAUGGCGGAACUCGCGGAGAAGGAGUUAUAUGCGGCGAAUGUGGUAACGGCCGCUAGCCUUGUAACAGAGAACGGGACAACCGCGAACAGGACAGCUGCGAACGGGGAAGCUUCGAACGGGGCCGCUUCCAACGGGACAACCACCAGCAUGGCAAACCUGCGCGACGCGGCGCACGAAUUCGCUGCCAAUUUAAAUGCUUUGUAUAAGAGCAACGAUCCAGAUAACGCAUCGACGCUGCCACCCAACCACCAUGUCAACAUUGCAGACAACCACCUGUUCCUCAGUUUUAAUCAAAACAGCCAUUUGACAGAGGAGCACUCGAGCUCCAACAGCAACCACGAAGGGUACAUACACAGCGCGAGGGGCUCCGACGAGACGCAUCACAAUAGUCUCAGUAGCAGUGGAAACCAAUACACCCAGGGCAGCGCAAUAGCUAAGUAUAACAGUUUAGGCAGCUGCAGUAGUAACAAUCAGGGAUCAACAAGUGAUCAUUUCGGGAACGACACCAUGAAUACAAAUCAUGUCAAUUUCAAAUGCUAUUCAUCCGUUAACGAUAAUAUCACCAGACAGUGCAAACAAGAGUAUGAAAAAAGCAUGCUCAACGAUUCAGGCAAUCUCUACCAUGAGAUACACCAGAAUAUUCCCACAAGUAGAACAGUGAACAUUCCUAGUACUCUACAGAACAGGGACCAUGCCAAUGGAAACAUCCCAUCCUACCACAAAUUGCAGGAGCUCAAAAAUAAAUUCGGAUAUGCUAUGCAGACAGUCAACGUUCCCAAUGUAUCCAACGUCUCCAACGUUUCUAACGUUUCAAAUUUGUCUAUUUUGUCAAACGUUUCUAACUUGUCUAAUUUGUCCAACGUAUCGAAUGAGAAUGGCUAUAUUGGUGAUAAUGAGUGCAAUGACAACAUCCAUUUGAACCCUAAUCUGCACCUCACUCCGUUAUCAUCUUCCUACAAUGGAAUGGCGUCGACACCCCAUGCGGUGUCUCAGUACAACCUGGUGAACAACGACGACAUGAGGAAAACAAAAGUCUGUUCACACAAGCAGGCCGUGCAGGUCCAACACGCGCGGGAUGUGAACACACGGGAUGUGCAUACCAGGGAUGUGCAUACGAGGGAUGUGCGAACGAGGGAUUUCCAUACGAGGGAUUUCCGUACGAGAGACGUACAGCCACAGGAUGCACACCCCAAUGGAGUGAGCACCAACUACCAACGAUACGAAUCCAGCAAGAGCGAUGACAAAUCAAGUGACGACAUGAGCCCCCACAAAACUUACGUCAACAAUUACCACCACCGGGGAUGUAACAAAAUGGGUCCCAACGUAGUCAACAGCGAUAUCAGCAGCCAUAUCAGCAGUCAUCUCGGCAGCCAUAUUCGCAAUAGUAACCUCAUGAAUAACAUGCAAAACGUAAGUUUAAACGACUCAAUCGUUCCAAGGAACAACACGCCCACCUCCUGCUCCUCCUCCCUGGAUCACAAAAAUGCUCAAAACGGUGAACUGCCCAAAAUGAUGGCAGGACAAAUGAUAACCAACAGCCAAAUUAACACUUUCGAUAAAAACAGAAACUCAAAAAAUAGUCGCAGCAAACAAGGAAACAUUCUUUUAAACGAUUAUAACAGCCUCCCAGCAACCCGAACAGAUGACAUGAUGAGUUUAAACAGUAUUGCCACAAAAUCAAAUGUGGAGAUAAAUAAAGACAUGAUAAAUAAUUAUUUCAAAUUGAAUAAUAGUGGCAUUACUGCCACCAGCACCACUACGUCUACCGCCGCCACCACGGCGGCCACCAAUAUCAGCGCGAUUCAGAAUCGCAAAAAUCAUGGGCACCACAGCGGACACAAGGUGAACAGCGCACUUGUGGGUGAUAACCGAAUAAGUGAUGGUCUGCUACACGAGGGGUUACUCAGCGAGGGAUUGCUCAGUGAGGGGUUACUCAGCGAGGGGAUACUGAACGAUGGGUUGCUUAACGAGGGGCUGCUUAACGAUGGGCUCCUUAACGAUGCCCUGCUUAACGAGGGACUGUUGAACGAGAGACUGCUGAACGAGGACUCGAUCAAUGAACACCUAAUCAACCAAGAUUUACUCAACGAAGAUAUUAUCAAUGAAGAUAUUAUCAACGAAGAUAUUAUCAACGAAGAUAAGCUCAACGAUGGGCUCAUAAAUAGCGACCGCCUGAAGAACAGCAUGUUGAGAAACGCCCAGUUCGACAGCCCCCAGUUCAACCGCACCCAAUUCGAUAAUGCCCAGUUUGACAGAGCCCAGUUAGGUAGCAAUCAAAUGAGCAACAACCAGCUGAAUAGCCAACUAAUGAACAGCCAGAGAGUCAAAAACCACCUCCCCAAGGAUCACCUCCCCAAGAAUCAUCACCCCAAGAAUCACUUCCCCAAGAAUCACCUCCCCAAAAAUCACCUCCCCAAAAAUCACCUCCCCAAAAAUCACCUCCCCAAAAAUCACCUCCCCAAAAAUCACCUCCCCAAAAAUCAUCACCCCAAAAUUCAACUCCUCAGAAGUCACGUAACCAAAAGUAAUCUUCCCAAAAGUCACAUCCCCCAAAGGCGACUUCCGAACAACCAAUUAGUAAACCACCACAGUAGCUCUCGAAACAGCUACAUAAGUGACCACCUAAAUAGUCAGAUGAGCGAUCAGAUGAGAGAUCAUAUGAGCGACCUUAUGGCCGACCGUUUGACCGACCGUUUGACUGUUCGCUUAACUGACCGCUUAACUGAUCGCCUAACUGAUCGCCUAACCGACCGCAUGACCAGCCGAAUGGCCGACCAAUUCAGUGGCCAGCUGAACAUCCAACCAAGCAGCAACAUAAGUGCACCCAUGAACAAACAGAUAAACGCCAGAAUGGCCGAAAACGCAUUAAACGAAAUGUUAAAUAGCUCAGAAAGUACAGUGGCAAAAAAUACCGCCAUAAACAUGAUUAACCAAAAUAUAGACAACCGCGUCGCACAUAACCAUUUAAGUAACAUGAUGCCAAACGUGAAGCCCACUGCUCAGCAAAACGUGAAGCCCACUGCUAAGCAAAACGUGAAGUCCACUGCUCAACAAAACUUGAAGUCCACUGCUCAACAAAACUUGAAGUCCACUGCUCAACAAAACUUGAAGUCCACUGCUCAACAAAACGUGAAACUAAAUGUGCACUCCAAAAUGUACGUGAACACUAAUGGGCCGGGCGUUUCUUACCAACCGACUCACCAAUAUUCUGUGCAGGAAAAUAAUUAUGUUUGUAAUUAUAACCCGCAGCAAUAUCACAGCAACAAGGUGAAGGAAAAGACGCACUCCUUUUUGUAA